AAGAUGAUCGAGCGUGAUAAACUGUGUUUCCCAUUGAUUGAAGCUUUACGUACCGAUACUACUGAAGUUGCUACAAAAGUAGCACCACUACCGGAUCCAUGGAGCGAUUUUCAACAAUAUGCUAUAAACGAAACGAAUAAAGAGGAACUGGACGCCAGAGACUGUAUAAUGGUGCUGUGUGAAGAUGGUUCGGAGAUGGAUCUACCUUAUGAAGCAUCCGCGGAGCUUCGGCCCUACAAUUACAGAUUUGAUCCGGAAUUCAAGCCUAUCUCAAAUGAUUGUACAGAAAUUCAGCUUCUCAUACCGCCGCUGCACCUGGUGAUACCAACGAAUUAUCCAGAAUCGAAACCAACAAUAUGGCGUGACCGGUGGUCAUAUGGUGGUAUCAGUCUGACCGAUGUGAAUAUUCAGUUCGAUAAACGGCUGAAUAUGGCUGUGAAUUGUCGGACGAUCACCGAAAUUAUCCAUGCU